AUGUGGAACGACGAGGACAACAACCCUUAUGGGAGCUUUGAGCGUCGUGACUCUUUCGCUUCCUCAACCAAUCCCGCUUCUCCGACCGCUCGCGACUAUUCUGUAGACGCUCGCUUCCCAACACCCCAAGAUGCUCGCUACGAUGCUCCUCUGACGCCCUCGGAUGCUGAUGACGACGACGAGGUACCGGGUCCCAGUUACCCUAGGGAAGCAAGCGACGUUGCGACCGAUGACGAGACGGAUGACCAAGCCCACGGCGAGCUUGUACCACGGCGUAAGCCAGGUGGCUAUGACAGCAGGAUUGAGCAGAUGCUCUACGAAAAUCCAGAGCUACCCAUUUUGAUUACUGAGGCAGGCAAAAGCCAGGAGAGCGGCGGAAGAUUUAUUGUGUAUACCAUCAAGACUGGAGACUUGACCGUUCGCCGGCGAUACUCCGAGUUUGCGUCGCUAAGAGACGCCCUUACGAGACUGCACCCUACUCUGGUCAUUCCCCCCAUACCAGAGAAACAUACUAUGGCCGAUUAUGCUGCCAACCCAACAAAUGCCAAACAAGACCAGCAGAUAAUUGACCUAAGAAAGCGCAUGCUCGCUGUUUUCCUAAACCGGUGUAGACGCAUGGAGCAGGUUCGCACCGAUGGUGUAUGGUGGCGGUUCCUGGACCCAAACUCGAGCUGGACGGAGGUUCUACAUUCGCAUCCUGUGUCGUCUAUCCCGAAGCAGAUCUUGAAGGCACCCCCCUUGGAUCCCGCGAACCCGACCCCUGGACACAAUUUCCUUCCCGUGCCAAGUACCUCGGCCAAGCUGAAGACGUUGCCGGCACAAUCUCUCGACAGUGCCGCGCCUGGGUCUCUUACUCGGUUUCCGCCUGACGCCAAUGUCCUCACCGAGCAAGACUUGGACGCCUAUUUCAUUGCCUUUGAGACCUCCAUCAAGGACCUCGAAUCGUUACUCACUGGACCGAUAGAGAAGGUGAACCGCCGCACGCUGAACCAUCUGUCUUCGCUGGCCUCUGACCUUUCAGAACUCGGCGCUCGAUACAAUGCCUUUGCUUUGUCAGAGACCGCACCUACCGUUUCGGCGGCCAUCGAGAGGGUCGGACAGGCGGCGGACUCGUCAUACAUUGCCACGGAAGAACUUUCCACUUCGCUGAGCGCCAGUUUUGCCGAACCGAUGCGUGAAAAUGCGCAGUUUGCUGGGGUUGUACGGAACGUACUGCGCUAUAGGGUUCUGAAGAGAGUCCAGCAAGAGAUGACGACGGACGAACUCAACAAAAAGAAAGCCCUUUUGGAAUCGCUGGAGAGAAGUGAGGCCGAGGCUAGGAGGAUCGACCAAUAUCUCAGCAGUAGCCAGCAGAUUCAGUCCCCUAGGAGGGAACCGCCUGUGCAACACCGUAGGGACGGGAGUGGCGAGGACACUGCAUCCAUCGAUUCGGAUUUUCCUCCUACGCACGGCGAUUUCUCCCAGGCACCAUCCGCUAAAAUCGGGGCGCCAGAGCGCACAGGAGGUAGCCCGAGUCAUAAGAAGGUGGCGAGCACUUCUAUCACGAACAAGAUCUUCGGACCAAUUCGGCAUGCGGUUCAAGGAGUGGUGGACGUUGACCCUGAAAGGACCCGACGUGACACUAUUGGAAAGACCAGGGAAUCAAUCGUACAGCUGGAGCAAGCACAGAUUGCAUCGGCCAAGGAUGUGAAGGACGCGAGCGCGAGUGUUCUUAAGGAUCUCAAGAGGUUCCAACGCGAGAAGGAGGACGACCUCAAGCGGUAUAUGCUGGCGUAUGCCAAGAGCCAGAUUGAGUGGGCAAAGAAGAACCAGGAGACUUGGGAAGAAGCAAAGGCGGAGGUCAACAAGAUUAGCGAGUCCUAG